AUGGGUUUGCCGAGUCCUCAACAUCUCAUGUACCUUCCGCUUUUCGAACAAUUGCGUCUUCCCAACGCGGGUCUAUCAAUGCAUUUAGCACAAAAUACGAAGGGAAAAUUCGUUGAAAAUUCGUUGGGCGUGCCCCCGUGCACUCUUCCCAAUUGGGUAUCCGCGACGACGCAGUUGGCACAAAUAUCUGCGAACAUGAGUAAUAAAAUGCCGACGUCGCCCAAAUCGACGACGCCGGAGGAAACGGAUGCUCCGUUGAAUUUGUCAAAGCCAAAGAACGCGAGAGAGAAAAGUUUGCCGAUGGAUUCGAUUGCUGCGGCUGCGGCUGCGGCGGCUGCUGCCGCGGCCACGCCGAAGCUAUUGCCUCCGAAUAUGUUGAUGCCACGCGGAUUCAUGCCCUAUGCGGGACUUCCAUCUCAUUUGAAUUCUCUCGCAGCUCAAAAACCUCAUCACGGAAAUCAAAAAGAUUUACUUUCGUCUCCUCCCGAUAAACAUCCUCCGCACUUUCCAAUGCCGAUGUACAUGCCGAGUCCGCCUCCACAUCUCACAGGGAGCAGCAAGGGUCAUCACACGACGUCGCAAGAGGAUGCUUCUCUUCCCGGUAAUAAAGAAGACUUCGUGGCAGCAAUGUGGGGAGCAGACCCAAAUUAUAAAAUCCCUGACGAUAACGGGGACAAAGCAAAAAUAAUACGUCAGCAAAAGAGAGACGGAGAAAGUAAACCUCAUAUAAAAAGGCCCAUGAACGCAUUUAUGGUUUGGGCAAAAGACGAACGUCGGAAAAUUCUCAAAGCGUGUCCCGACAUGCACAAUUCGAAUAUAUCAAAAAUUUUAGGUGCUAGGUGGAAAGCAAUGUCGAACGCGGAAAAGCAACCCUACUACGAAGAACAGUCUAGGUUAUCAAAAUUACACAUGGAAAAACAUCCGGAUUACAGAUAUAGGCCGAGACCGAAGCGAACGUGCAUUGUAGAUGGGAAAAAAGUUCGGAUCUCAGAAUACAAAACGUUGUUGAGGCAAAGACGACAAGAAAUGAGACAGAUAUGGUGUCCGGAGCGAGGGUCCGAAAUGGGUUUCAUGGCGGCGGGAAGCGACAUGAUAUCUCCGGGAACGUCGGGACGCAUGUCGCCGGGAAUGAACGGAGCCGGACCGAGUUCGGAGCAAUUUUAUUACCCGCACGAUAGUUUGUCACCGAACGACAUGAGUUACAGUCCCGAAGGACCGGGAUCCUCGUACGACACUAGCCCUAGGGGUAAUUUCAACGAAGACUGA